GGAGACGAACCGCUGAUGGCUACUCUAAUUGGGUUUCCAAAGCAUAUUCAUGAGCUGUUAUUCCCUUGGGUUGGCAGGAAUCGAGUGAUCUAUAACAUCGCUCCAUGCGUUGUCGUUUCUCAGCUUCCCCCUUUUUCAAAUCCCGAGAAGCCUCGUUCGCUUAACCCCCUUUUCUCCUAUGGUUUAGCGACAGCCUGUGUCUUACUUCAGCUCGCUCGACCACUCGACCACUAUGGCGGAGCUCCCUUCAGUCACGGGAACCUCCACUAAGCCCAUCAAUAUCCUCCUCAUCAAUCCCAAUGGCACCUCAUCUAUGACAGAAGCCUGCCUCCGAUCUUUAGAAUAUACCCUUCCACCGCACUGCACAGUUACAGGCUUCACCUCACCUCAUCCUGCCCCCUCGGCCAUCGAAGGUCAUCUCGAUGGUGUACUUUCAGCUGCUGCUGCCAUCAGAGCUGUGGUACCAAUAGCAUCCAAAUACGAUGCGUUUCUCGUUGCAUGCUUCAGCGCCCAUCCUCUGAUUAAUGCUCUCAGAGAAGAGCUGUCAGGUCCAGUGAUUGGGAUCAUGGAGGCAUCACUAUACGCAGCUCGCAUGCUUGGAGGACGAUUAGGUAUUGUGGCGACUGCCUAUCGAAGUAAGAUCAUGCAUGAGGAUGCUAUCCGAUAUUAUGGUCUCGAAGGUUUCUCGGUAGGUGCCGAGACUACAAACCUGGGUGUCUUGGAAUUGGAGAGACUACCGAGAGACAAAGUCUUAGGUUUGGUCGGCGAAGCUGCAAGAAGGUUGGUCCAGGAGAAGGGUGCAGAUUGUAUUGCCUUGGGUUGUGCUGGAAUGACGGAAAUGAAGUUGAAAUGCGAGGAAGUCGUUGGUACGAAAGAUGCCACUGCUCAAGUUAUCGACGGGGUGGCGGUCGGUGUUCAGUUCCUGAUAGGAUUGGUGAGAGAAAGUCAUGUCACCGCGAAAGGUGGUGUGUUUAGAAGUUCCGCAGAGGGCCGGAAAGCAAGAGGCCAGGAUUGGUUGUAAAUAGUGGCAAUAGUUGUCAAAUAUCGCAAAUUAAAGGCUAGCAAGACGCC